AAAAAAAGACGGAGUUUCGAUACGAUGCGUUUCCAACUCUCAGACAAAGAGACCUCCCGAUGGCUCAACAUAGACAUCCGUCCACUGCCCCCCAGCCGCCGCCAAUGGACUGCAUGGACCUAUAGUGCCUUCUGGCUCGCUUGGCAUGUCUCUCUCACUAAUUUUACCAUGGGCUCCUCGCUAGUAGCCCUGGGCCUCUCCGUCUGGCAAGUCAUGCUCGCCAUCGUCAUCGGUCGCGCCAUAAUCGCUGCCAUUGCCGUCGCCGUCGGUACCAUCGGUGCCGACUGGGGAAUUGGCUUUCCUGUAUACUCGCGCGCCCUCUGGGGAAUGCGCGGGUCCUACGUCCCCAUGUUCCAACGCAUCGUGUGCGGGAUUGUAGGAAUAGCAUUGCAAUCCUAUCUCGGGGGCAUUUGUAUCACGGCCAUGCUGAGUGCGAUGUUUCCUUCUUUCCACCGGAUGCGGAAUACGCUGCCGGCUGGGGCUAAUGUUCAGACGCAGCAGUUGAUUGGCUGGGUGCUGUUUAAUUUGAUCACGGUGCCUUUUUUGUGUGGGAAGCUGGAGAAGAAAAGGAUUGUUCGCGUUUUCGUUGCGCUGAAUGCGUAUUCGUUCUGCGUGCUUUUUGGUAUUAUGAUUUGGGCGGUGGUGCGAGCUAAGGGGGCAGGACAAUUGUUGACAGAGGGCUCGCUGCCAGAUAGUGAUAUCGGAUGGGGCAUCUGUAAGGCGGUUACGACAGUGGUUGGCUCCAUUGCGGUGGGUUUGAUGAGCCAGCCUGAUUACACGCGGUUUGCACGUACGCCGGGCGCCCAGGUGACGGGCCAGUGGACGUCUAUCAUGGUGUUUGGCACGCUGAUGCCACUCUUUGGGUGCAUCACUGCAUCAGCAACCCAGUCCAUCUACGGAAAAGCCAUCUGGAAUCCUACAGAGAUAGCCCUGCUCUGGCUGCAGAGAGAUUACUCUGCAAAAACCCGCGCCGCCAGCUUCUUUGUGUCAUUGGGUCUCAUGCUGUGCCAGCUCGUCGUCAAUACUUUUGAGAACGGAUUCAGUACUGGCAUGGAUCUCGCUGCUCUUGCACCCAAGUAUAUCAACAUCCGACGCGGAGCUCUCCUUGCGCUCACAAUCGCCUGUGGUACUUGUCCGUGGCAGCUCUUGACGAAUGCAGCCGUCUUUCUCAACGUCGUCGCAUCGUAUACCAUCAUCAUCGGUCCCAUUCUUGGUAUUCAGAUCAUCGAUUACUUCGUCUUGAGGAGUCGCCGCAUUCAGCUCUCUGCUCUUUAUGAGAUUAAUCCUGAUUCGGCGUACUAUUACACGUACGGUUUCAAUCCGCGCACGAUUCUCGCAUGGAUAGUGGCUUGGAUACCACAAUUACCAGGGUUUAUCAACGCAGUCAACCCAAAUAUCCACGUGCCGUUUGGAGCUGCAAAGCUUUAUGAUCUCUCCUUUCUUUUCGGCGGAACGGUAGGGGCUUUGAUAUAUCUUGGAAUCAACCUUGUGUUCCCUCCGUCCAAUCUGGGGCAUGUGGAUGAGGCUGACGUAUUCAAAGUGUCUUCUGAAGAGGAAGCUGGGCAGCGUAGUAUCAAAGCGAUCGUCAAGCGGGAGGUAAAUGAGGUAGCCUAG